AUGAAUCAUCACAAUCUCCAAGAAAGUGGGCGAGUAUCUAUGCUUGCUAUAAAAGAGGCCCAAGAUGUGUUAUUUUACUAUCUUCAUAAUACUAGGAACCUCAACUUUGUAGUUGCUGAACACAUAAGUAAGAACUCGCCUUAUUUUCUUCAAAAAUUGAUCAUGAAACUCGAUACUGAACAAGAUGUGUCUCGGUCUCUCACUAAGUAUCUUAGAUACCGUCACAUCAAUGAAUUUGAGCCAUUCUUUGAAAGCUUGGGAAUGGCCCCUGUUUGGCAAUUUCCCUUGUUUCUUCCGGGAAAUUUGACGUUUUUGAGUGAUGACCAUCUGAUGCUUCAAAACUUGCAUGUUUUAUGCAAUUACGGUAUCCCAUGGAGCAAGAUGGGUAAAAUGUACAAGGAAGCAAGAGAAGUAUUUGCUAACGAUUAUGGUGUACUAGCCUCAAAACUAAGAUCUUAUGAGAAUUUAGGCCUUGCAAAGGAAGUUAUUAAGCUUGUUAGUUGCUGCCCUUCACUUUUGAUUGAUCAGAUCAGCAUUGAGUUUUUCAAGGUUCUUGAGAGGCUAAGUAGGCUAGGUAUUGAAAAAGAUUGGAUUGGAGGAUAUAUAUCUUGUGAAAGUACUUAUUACUGGAACAGAAUGGUUGACACUAUGGACUUUCUAGUUAAAGUGGGUUAUACAGAGAUACAGAUGCACAAUUUGUUUAAAUUCAAAUCCCCAUUGCUGUUUGAAGAUUGUGGGAAGAAAGUGUAUGUAUUAUUUGGUCGAUUAGUCAAGUUAGGUUUUAAGAAGGACGAAGUGUACUCAAUUUUUAAACAAAAUCCUGAAAUUUUGUCAGAGAAGUCUAUUAAAAGCAUUCAGAAAGCAGUGGAUUUUCUCCUUGAUAUUGGGUUGGGAAGAGAAUAUAUUUUGUGUAUAGUAACUCAAAACAUUCUACUACUUGGUUCAUGCACUCUGAAAAUCCCGAAAACCGUCUUUAAAGAACUUAAAGUUGGGAAGCAGGGUUUAUGUCUGAUCAUUAGAGAUGAUCCGUCUAAGCUGUUUACGUUAGCUUCCAAAUUAAAGCCAAAAACCGUUGAGCAGGCUUCUUGCCAAUAUUUGGAGAAGACUACAUUUCUGCUGAAGUUGGGAUACCACGAGAACUCGAAGGAGAUGGCAAAGGCAUUGAAACAGUUUCGUGGAAGAGGAGACCAACUACAGGAGAGAUUUGAUUGCCUGGUAAAAGCUGGUUUGGAUUGUAUUGCGUUAAAAGACAUAAUCAGACGAGCUCCCAUGGUUCUAAACCAAAGCAAAGAUGUACUCCAAGAGAAGAUUGUUUAUUUAAGAAACUGUUUAGGUUACCCUUUGAAUACAAUAAUGACAUUCCCAGCUUAUUUAGGCUACAACAAGGAAAAAAUCAGCGCAAGGUUUUCAAUGUAUAGGUGGUUAAGGGAUAAAGGAGCUGCAAAGCCUAACUUAUCAUUGAGCACUAUUUUAGCUUGUUCAGAUGCAAGGUUUGUAAAAUAUUUUGUGAAUGUUCAUACUGAAGGUCCCUCCUCCAAGUGGGAUAGUUUUAAAAAACAGGGUCUUCAUAUUCAUAAUUAA